CCAGCUAGAAGAAAAAAACAUUUAUGUAGUGGGCUGAAGUUGCCCUCAAGCUUUGCAGCUGGCUGAGGGCAGUUUUGGAGAGUCCUACAAAUUUGCAGAAAUGAUGCUGAUGUGGAUCAGCUGCAGGAAUUUUAUGAAAUUUGGAGGAUUUAUCAUUGCAUCUCUCUGUGCUUGGUAUUUGGGGUCAUUAUUGGCAUAUUUCAUACCUGAAGACUCACUGGCAUCAACAUUUGAACAACUUCAGAACUUUCCAGAAAAGCCAAAAAUUUUUAUGCCAUCCCCCAAAAGACAGAAAUGUGACCACUGGUCUCCAUGUUUGCCUGGGAGCUAUGCUUAUCGCAUACUCAGUGGAGGUGGGAAAGAGAGAUUUCCCAAAAUGUGUUUUGAAGAUGAACUACUCAUAAGUCAACAACAAGGAAAUGCUGGAAGAGGAAUAAAUAUUGCCAUUUUAGACUAUAACACUGGAAAAGUUGUUGUGACACAAUAUUUUGACAUGUGGGAAGGAGAAUUCUCUAGACCAAUGACUGAUUUUAUUCAAAAGGCUCCCCUGGGAUCUCUACUCUUUAUGGCCACCCUUGAUGAUGGAAGUACAAAGUUACAGAACGAUGGGAAAAAGGCAAUAGCAGAAUUGGGAAGUAAGGAAAUAUGGAAUUUGAGGUUUAGGUCAGGCUGGGUCUUUUUAGCUGCAAAAGGUUUUAAACUACCAGAAAACAUACAAAAGGAAAAGAUAAUUCAUUCUGACAAUAGUAAGAAUCGAUACAAUGGCUGGCCAGCUGAAAUCCAGAUUGAAGGCUGUAUUCCAAGAAACCUAACAAGCUGAAUUCUAAAACUAUUGGCAAAGUGGUAUACUGCGUCUUACCUUAUACGGAACUAUCUGCCCUAAAAUG